UUCUUGGUAUUCAAACACCCUUUGUCUGAAGCUCCCUUCAGCUACUUUGCUCCCCGUUGAGAUCUCUCUUUCUCUCUCUGUCUCUCUUUCUCUGUGAUGGGGUUUUCUUGUGCAAUGAACAAGAGCCGCUAAACCUGCUGCUAAUGAAAGCAUUUGGAGAAGUUAAAGCCAUCACCGUCUCCGACUCUAUCUCCUAUUUUGUUAAGCACAUCUCAACCCAGAAGCCACAUGAUGAACCACUUGACCGUUGAUACUGAAUAUUCUUUUGUGAGCUUGCUUGAGCUUGCAGCCAAUAAUGAUGUUGAAGGUUUCAAACGAAUGAUUGAACGGGAUCCUUCCUGUGUAGAUGAGAUUGGGCUAUGGUACAGUCGUCCGAAGGGAUCAAAGCAGAUUGUCAAUGAGCACAGAACUCCUUUGAUGGUUGCUGCUACUUAUGGUAGCAUUGAUGUUAUGAAACUGAUUCUUUCACUAUCCGAUUAUCAUGUUAAUAAACCUUGUGGCCUUGACAAGUGCACUGCCCUUCAUUGUGCGGCAUCAGGUGGGGCUGUAAAUGCUGUUGAUGUUGUUAAACUGCUUCUAGCAGAGGGGGCUGAUCCAAAUUCUGUGGAUGGCAAUGGUCAUCGUCCAGUUGAUGUUAUUGUUGUUCCUCCUAAGCUUGACUUUGUGAAAAGCAGUCUUGAAGAACUUCUUCAAACCAAGGAUUCCACUGCAGGGUGUGGUCUUAGGGUGAUCACAGACCCAUCAAACACAUAUUCCCCACCUUUAUCAGCUUCACCAGAGAAUGGGUCUCCUUCUGCACCCGAUCUCCAAUUGAAGUCAAAGCUAAAUGAUGUCCCUUUUUCUUCUGCAUCAGAGAAAAAAGAGUAUCCUGUUGAUCCAUCUCUUCCAGACAUCAAGAAUAGCAUAUAUUCAACUGAUGAAUUCCGAAUGUAUUCUUUCAAGAUUCGACCUUGUUCACGUGCUUAUUCACAUGAUUGGACUGAAUGUCCUUUUGUUCAUCCAGGGGAGAAUGCUCGAAGAAGGGACCCAAGAAAGUACCAUUACAGCUGUGUCCCUUGUCCUGAUUUUCGAAAGGGUGCUUGCCGGCGUGGAGAUAUGUGUGACUAUGCUCAUGGAGUUUUUGAGUGCUGGCUGCAUCCAGCACAAUAUCGAACUCGCCUUUGCAAGGAUGGGACUAGUUGCUCCAGAAGAGUUUGCUUUUUUGCCCACACUGCCGAGGAGCUUCGGCCAUUAUAUGUUUCAACUGGUUCUGCUGUUCCAUCUCCUCGCUCAAGCACAUCUGCAAUGGAUUUUGCUGCAGCCAUGAGCCUGUUACCUGGCUCUCCUUCGGCUAUGUCUGUCAUGUCUCCUUCACCAUUCACUCCACCUAUGUCACCCUCUGCCAAUGGCAUGUCAUACUCUUCUGUUGCAUGGCCCCAACCAAAUGUCCCAGCCUUGCAUCUUCCUGGGAGUAAUCUUCAUUCCAGUCGUUUGAGAUCUUCAUUCAAUGCCAGAGAUAUUCCUGGGGAUAACUUCGACUUGUUGCAUGACUUUGAUGUUCAGCGGCAACAGCACUUUAAUGAGUUAUCUUGCCUCUCUCAACAGCCUAUGAAUUCUAAUACCAUCAAUCGCUCUGGUCGCAUGAAAACCCUGACCCCUUCAAAUCUUGAUGAUCUCUUUUCUGCUGAGAGUUCUUCUCCUCGGUUUGCUGAUCCAGCAUUGGCUUCAGCUGUUUUUUCUCCAACACACAAAUCAGCCGUCCUUAAUCAAUUUCAGCAGCAGCAAAGCUUGCUGUCACCCGUGAAUACAAACUUUUCUUCUCAAAAUGUUGAUCAUCCUUUAUUUCAAGCCUCUUUUGGGGUUCAACCAUCAGGAAGGAUGUCUCCACGAAAUGUGGAACCUAUUUCUCCAAUGAGUUCUAGGAUUUCUAUGCUAGCUCAACGUGAGAAGCAGCAACAAUUUCGUAGCCUUAGCUCCCGGGAACUUGGCUCUGCUGCUGCUGGGUCUACAAUCAAUUCUUUGUCAGAAUGGGGAUCCUCCGAUGGUACGUUGGAUUGGGCUGUCAGUGCUGAUGAAUUAGGUAAGCUACGUAGAUCAUCUUCAUUUGAGCUUGGCAAUAAUGGUGAGGAGCCUGAUUUAUCAUGGGUCCAGUCCCUUGUUAAAGAAUCCCCUACUGAGAUGAAGGAGAAGUUGGCAACCACUGUCCCAAGUGCUGUAGAAGCUGGAUCCUCCAUUCAGGGAUCAAAUAUAAGCACACAAAUGGAUUCUGUUGAUCACGCUGUAUUAGGAUCAUGGCUUGAACAACUGCAGCUUGAUAAUGUUGUGGCUCAGCAAAAUUAGAAUGAGUUUUGUUGACCCUGAGGUAGUUAACCGAAAAAGUUUCAGUAUAUACUACAUGCUCUUUUGAAGUUUAGUUGGUGUUGAUGGAAGAAGGUAAGUGUAACCUUGAAAGGAAAGCAAGAAGAGGAAAUUCAUUUUCAAAGUAACUAAGGAAGGUCAGAAAUCUUCCGGGUGGCAUUCAAACGUCUACUCCCAGUUUAGGGUAUUUUUGGCUGCCAAUCUUUUCAAAUUUUAGGUUUACAUUCGUGUCAUUUUUUUCUUCCAUAAUGAGUAAGUGCUUUAUCUAAAUGAAGCCCUGUCUAGAAGUUUGGUCCAAUUUUUUUAUUAAUCUUUUCUACCUUUUUAUUUUUGGGUAGAAAAAGAAAUUACAGGGUUAUUGGAGUUAAUUUCCUUGAGACUCCGUGUUGGUCCAAUUUUGGUGAUGAAAAUACGGCAUGCUUGGAUCUGAUAUUUCUCAUGUCAUUUGGAAUAAAUAAUAUUGGAUGCCAUGAAGUGGGUAAUUUUGAGAGAUUGGAAUAUUGAUACUU